AUGGCAAACAGCUUCGGUGGCAAUUCCCCGCUUAUCAAUCUACAGGCGUUUCUAGAUCGCUGUAGAAGGCUGGAAGAGAGUAAGAGUAACCAAGGCGAGGGCGAGGGCGAGGGCGACGAGGACACCACCAACACACAAACGCACUCCCUCAUACACUCCCUCACGCGCUCCACAGCCACUAUCACCGCUGACGACGAACGGCUGCUGUGCGAUAAGCGAUUCGUGCACGCACUCCAGACCCACAACGAGAGAUACGCGUUGAGGCGGAGGCGUGGGCGCAGGAACGAUGCAGAUACAGAUCAAGGUGCAGCUGCAGACGCGCUAAACGUCCUCCCCUCAAUCAUAACCGCACCCCCACAACGGUGUCUGGACCACAUCCAGAAGGGUUGCGAUACGCGCACACUCGCACACCACAUCCGCCCCGCUUCCGCCGCCGAUGUGGAUGGGAAAGGGGCGGAUAACACGGAUAUUAAUGCACGCGGGCGCGGUUGGGACUAUCGGUGUGCGGUUGUGGAUGUGCUUGUGGGCGCUCCCGCUCCAGACACAAACAAACUGUGCUCACUCGCCCUGCCUUCUGCCGCCCCUCUCAAUCAUGUCAUCGAUCGCAUACGCGCUCGCUGUUGCUCCAACAUCACUCCAGCAGGAUGUAUCCUCUUUGACGGCGUGGCUUACUUGGAUGGGCGCGCAGGGUGUAUUACAGCGUAUGAGGAGGUCUUUGGGAGUGCUGGUGGCGUUAGCAAUCGUAGUGGUAAUUCUAGUGAUAGUACUAGUAGUAGUAGUAGUAGUAGUAUUACCAAUACCGAUACCAAUAGCAACGCCAACACCAAAACCACAAACAACACCACAGACACCCCCAUCAGCAGCCUUCCUCUCCGCACAGGCGGCGUAGGUAUAUACAUCCACAACGGAAACUGUGAGCAUACCCUGCAAGUUACCAGUGUCAGGUUGAAAGCCACCAAGGAAGUUGUCCCGCGUUACAAGUACAUACGCGCAGCACCAACACACACAAAACACUUGUGCGACAUCUGCAAUAAGAAACAGGCACAUUUCACCACUUACAAGGAUAAAGUGGGUGCUGCACUCGUCUCUUUCUGGUGCCCCACUUGCUUCGACAGUGUCCGGGGUGGUGAAGGGGGUGUGCAAGUGUACCAUUUGAAUGCGUGA